AUGCCUCAAGAUACCCAUGAGGGCUCCCCGCGGGGCCCUCUCGACGACUCGGGUUCGUCGACCACCGGCACCGUCUUCCUCCCCGAAACCGGCGCCUCCGCCUUAAACGCCUACCUCUCCGACGAAAAAUACCCCAGCUUCGACCCCUCGACGCAAGAUAUCCAAUACCGCUAUCUCGAACUCGACACUCCUCUCCCCACGCCGUGCAUCACCCUGCCCCCGGGCCCGAAUCAAUCACCGCCGCCCGAGCCCCCGAGCCUCGAGAAAUACAUCUCCCCGUUCCUGUGGCCGAAAUGGCGCAAGUCGAUGAUGACCUGGAUCGCGUGCGCCGUCACCGCGCUGGCGGGCUACUCAGCGGGCGAGGUUAGCCCGGCGUCGAGCGUGCUGACGGCGGAAUGGGGCGUCAGCGCGGUGGUCUACAACCUGACGAUCACGGUGUUCUGCACCGGCUUCGCCCUGGCCCCGAUGGUGCUGGCCCCAUUUUCCGAAAUCAACGGGCGUCGGCCGAUCUUCGUCGCCAGCGGGAUCUUGUUCACCGCAUCCCUCCUCGCCUGCGGCGGCACACACAUCUUCGGCGGGCUGCUCGUCGCGCGGGUCCUACAGGGCAUCGGGGCGUCGACGUUCUCGACGAUGGUGGGCGGCGUGAUCAGCGAUAUCUACCACGCGGAGGAUCGCAACACGCCGAUGGCGCUGUUCUCCGGGGCGGCGCUGUUCGGUACGGGGCUGGCGCCGCUGGUAUCGAGCGCGAUCGUCCACCACACGACCUGGCGCUGGGUGUACUACUCCCAUGCGAUCGUGUCUGCCUUCUUCGUGGUCGUGAUCUUCCUGUUCUUCAAGGAGACGCGCGGCAGCGUGCUGCUGAGUCGGAAGGCCGUCGCCGUCAACAAGUACUAUGAGCAGCUCGAGGCGGCGGGCCACUUUGGGGUCCUGUUGGAUGAGGGCAAGGUCCGGCGCAUUCGGUGGCGCGUGAAGAGCGACGAGGAGCGAGUCUCGUUGGUCCGCAUGAUCGGGAUCUCGGUGUAUCGGCCUUUUCAUAUGCUGGUCAGCGAACCGGUGGUGUUCUUCUUCUCGCUCUGGGUCUCGUUCAGCUGGGCUGUUUUGUACCUCCAGUUCGGCUCCAUCCCGCUGGUCUUCCGCACCAACCACGGCUUCAACGUCGAGCAGACCGGCGCCGUCUUCACCUCCAUGUGCGUCGGCGCCCUCCUGAUCACCGUCAUCAGCAUCUACCAAGACAAGCUCGGCCGGCGCUACAACCUCCUCCCGCACACCCCAGAAGCGCGUCUGUACUUCGUCUGCGUCGAAGCAAUCCUAAUGCCGAUCGGGCUAUUCUGGUUUGGGUGGACGUCGUACUCGUCCAUCGCAUGGAUCUCGCCCACGAUGGCCAUCGGAUGCGCCACUAUGGGCAUCUUCGCCGUCUAUCUGGCGGUUUUCAACUACCUGGCCGAUACGUACCACCGAUUCGCGAGCUCAGCGAUCGCGGCUCAAUCAUGCUGUCGCAACCUCCUCGGCGGUGUCUUCCCGCUCGUCACGAACGCCAUGUUCACGAACCUGGGAUAUCCGGGUGCAUCGAGCUUGUUGGGCGCGAUCGGCGCCGUCCUCGUCCUCGUUCCGUGGGUGCUGGUCUUCUACGGCCCGACGAUCCGGUCGAAGAGUAAGCUGGCCAGUCAACUGGCUCAUUAA